GGCUCGGCGGCGGCAGCAUGCUGAGCCCGCGGGAGCGCGGCGGCGGCCUGGCCCGCUUCUACACGGUGACAGAGCCGCGGCGGCACCCUCGCGGGCACACCGUCUACAAGGUCACGGCGCGGAUUGUUUCAAGAAAAAAUCCAGAGGAUGUCCAGGAGAUAGUCGUUUGGAAGAGAUACAGUGACUUUAAGAAACUGCACAAAGAUCUCUGGCAAAUUCAUAAAAAUCUAUGCAGACAUACGGAAUUAUUUCCACCUUUUGCUAAAGGAAUAGUAUUUGGGCGAUUUGAUGAAACUGUGAUUGAAGAAAGAAGGCAAUGUGCUGAAGAUCUGUUGCAGUUUUCUGCUAACAUCCCUGCUCUCUAUAAUAGUAAACAGCUUGAAGAUUUUUUUAAGGGUGGGGAGGUGCAUGAUGGUUCUGAAUUGAUUGGUCCUGUUGAACCUCUGUCCGAUUCUCUGACUGACAACCUGUCUGAUUGCAGCUCUGAAGUUCGGAAGGAUUUAAGCGGGCUUGAUGAUGUGACACUUACCAGUCAAUCAGAAUGUGGAGGACUCUCCAGUGACAGUGACCUGAUCUCCCUGACAGUUGACGUCGACUCCCUUGCUGAAUUGGAUGAUGGAAUGGCAUCUAACCAGAAUUCCCCCACCAGAGCUGUUGGCAUUGGCCUUUCCUCUGAGCUCCCAGCACAAAGCAUGGUGGCAUCUGAGCAGGAGUGGAGCAAAACUGAAGGCGAGAGAGAGAGCUUUGGUUUGUUUAGUGGAGGCUUAAAACCCAAGCCUGGCAAACAAGAUUACUUGGAGAAAGCAGGGGAGUUGAUAAAACUGGCCUUGAAGAAGGAGGAGGAGGAAGACUAUGAAACUGCCUUCAGCUUUUAUAGAAAGGGGGUUGAUCUGCUUCUGGAAGGUGUUCAAGGUGAAUCAAGCCCAACUCGUCGAGAAGCAGUGAAAAAGAAGACUGCAGAAUACCUUAUGCGUGCUGAAAAAAUUUCCAGUCUCUACCAUAAACCAGAAGAUGCAUCCAUUUCUAUGCCUCCAGGAUCACUAAGUUCAAGGCUCUCUUGGAACCUAAGGAGCCCUGCCGAGGAACUGAAGGCCUUCAGAGUCCUUGGGGUGAUUGACAAGGUUUUGCUUGUAAUGGACACUAGAACACAGCAGACUUUUAUACUGAAGGGUCUAAGGAAAAGUAGUGAGUACAGCAGGAGCAGAACGACCAUCAUUCCCCGCUGUGUGCCCAACAUGGUGUGUCUGCACAAGUACAUCAUCUCUGAGGAGUCUGUCUUUCUUGUGUUACAGCAUGCAGAAGGAGGAAAACUAUGGUCUUAUAUCAGUAAGUUCUUAAACAGAAGUCCUGAAGGGAGCUUUGACAUUCCUGAACUCAAAAUAUCCAGUUCAACUAAAAUUCACCUGGAGCAGCCAACACCUAGUCCUAAAGAAAUCAGUAGCAGCACUGAUUCCAGAGAAAGCUAUGGGGAGAGGAUGCUGAAGGUGGUCCCACUGAAGAACAGCCUCACACUGAGCUCUCAGGAUGACAGCAGCAACCAGGAAGAUGGCCAAGAUAGUUCCAAGUGGAUGGACUCAGAGUCCAGCUCAGAGGAAGAGUGCACUACUAGUUAUUUAACAUUAUGCAAUGAAUAUGGGCAAGAAAAGAUUGAUUCGGGCUCUCUAAAUGAGGAAGCUGUUGUCAGAUUGGAGAAUGAAGGUCUAAAUACCAAGGAGAGAAGUUGCUUGCAGACGUGCACUGUUGUUGGCAGUGAUAGCUUCAGCUCUCAGAUUGCAUCUCAGGAACUAAAGCUUUUCAUUGAUGAUGCUGAAUCAGAAAUAGCUAGUCCUACUAGGAUAUUGGACUCAUUAAAUAAAUCAAAGAACAGUCCCAUGGAACUCUUCAGAAUAGACAGUAAAGAUAGCACCAGUGAGCUUCUGGGGCUUGAUUUUGGAGAAAAAUUAUAUAACCUAAAAUCAGAACCUUUGAAGCCAUUAUUUUCUACCCCAGAUCAUGAUAGAAGCUUUGAUGCCCUGGAAAACAAAAUGGGUGUGAGAGCUCAUGACACCAUAAGCAGAGGUUCAAAUGACUCUGUGCCAGUGAUUUCCUUUAAGGAUGCUGCUUUUGAUGAUGUAAAUAGUGUUGAUGAAGGAAGGCCUGAUCUCCUAAUAAACUUACCUGGUAUGUCUGAUGAAACAGAGGAAGCAACAUUGUCAAGGCCGACAAAGUUUACAAAAAGUGAUAUGAACAUCUUAGAAGUAAAAUUGUUAGAAACGCCUGAUGUCUUACAAUUAAAUAAUUCUAUGGAUCAAUGCAAAGCAUUUGAUCAAGAGCCAAAUCAUGUGACACCAGAACUGGGUGAUGCUUCCCACGAAGAAGCUGAUGGACAAAAUGGUGUCACUCAGGGAGCCCUUGGGAGCCUCUUUACAGCUGAACUAGAGGUAGGUAGUUCAGAAGAUGGGGCUCUAUUUCAAGGGCUUGGAGCCUUAAACGUGACAAGCAAAGAAGAAAGUUUAUUUGAUUGCAACUUGCUCUUAGGUGCUAAAGACGUUAGUUUAGCUAAAGACAUAAUAGGAGAUGAAGCUGUGUUGCUGUUUUCUGAUCAAACUGAAGACUUUGAGAAAGAGGAAACAAACCCGGCUUUGUUACCAACAGCUGAAAGUGAAAAGACAGUACCAAAGAGAGAAGAUGAAAUAGCAGUAGCAGGGGAGAAGGAAAUACAUCACAUUUUUCAGGACCUCGACGAAAGAUUAGCGAUAACCUCCAGGUUUUAUAUCCCAGAGGAUUGCAUUCAAAGAUGGGCAGCUGAAAUGGUUGUAGCCCUUGAUGCUUUACAUAGAGAAGGAAUUGUGUGCCGCGAUUUGAACCCAAACAACAUCUUAUUGAAUGAUAGAGGACACAUUCAGCUAACGUAUUUUAGCAGGUGGAGGGAGGUUGAAGAUUCCUGUGACAACGAUGCCAUGGAGAGAAUGUACUGUGCCCCAGAGGUUGGAACUAUCCUGGAAGAGACGGAAGCCUGUGACUGGUGGAGCCUGGGUGCCAUUCUUUUUGAACUCCUCACUGGGAAGACUCUGUUUGAGUGCCAUCCAUCAGGAAUAAAUACACACACUUCUUUGAGUAUACCAGAUCAUGUAUCAAAGGAGGCCAGAUCACUGAUUCAACAGGUGCUACAUGACUCGAAUGGAUAAGGCAGAGCCAGGCCCCAUUUGGUGAAGAGAAUUCCUUCCAUCUACUUCUGAAGCUGAAGACAGAUGAAGUCUUCUAGUCCACUUCUCCCUGCCAGUGCAGGAUUGUCCUCCGUUGCAGAUUAGUGUGUUGCCAAUUUUAAAAUAUGCCAGAAUGGUCCUUUUGUCACUUGCAGUUUAAAGGAUAUAUUUCAAAGCUACAUCUGUUCAGAGAACAGUUACAUCAGUGCCCAUUAGGUUAAGCUUUCUGAUAUAGACUGGUGACUUAUCAGGUGGAGGUUCAGCUCUAUGAGCUAGUAAAUCACAUUUUUGUUGUGGGACUAUCCAAGGAAGCUGCCAUUCACCGUUGAGGAAGCUUGUCAGGAAAAGGAAGAAAGCGCUCUUGGCACGGUUAGCAAUUUGUCAUUGCGACUUUCCUUCCCCCCCCCGCCAAGGGUAAACAGGUCAAAGCAUCACAGAGUAACUCUCGGGGAUCAGUGUUCUACUACACAGAAAACUGUCAGACAGCUUGGCUUCCAGUGCAGGUGGCUUCAUUGUAUACACAUCCUUCAUUUAGCUAACUUAGACUAAAAUAAGAUUUCUUUAUUUUUCCAAAGUGCAUGAGAAAUACAAAGUUGCUAUUUUAUGUUGCGUUGGUAUUUUGCACCCAAGUUUGUUUUCGGGUACUUCUAGGCUUUACCAGGAACAAAGCGUGCAGCAUGAUCUUUAAAUAGAUAUGUAUUGCAUCUACUUUCUAAGAUUGAAGUUCUCCUGGAAGGAAGAACUUCAGAAAACAAAUGUCUCUGCUUACUUUCCCUGUGCUGGCACUUGUUAUAUUUCAGGAGAAGGGAGAGAGACAGUGGCUGCAUCUGUUCAUGCUAGCUUGAGGAAACUCAGAGCAGUACUUUUCACUAUCACUGAGCUACCGUUACUGUGUGAUAUUAUGAUUGCAGGUGCCAAAGCCAUCUUGAAAUGUGUAAAUUCAUAUGUUUAUGGAUGUAUACUUAUUUAGAUGUUGAGUACAUUAAGGUAUGAAUACACAUUGUUUCUUGUGACAACUGGGAGAAGUUACCCUAUUAGCUGUUGCAGAAAAAACAAAAAAGAAAUCAGGUCUUUGUAGUGGGUGUAAUUGAAUAGAGUAUAAACAGUUCUCUAAAAGUGCAAAAUAUUUUCAUGUGUCUUUAUUAGUCUCUUUGGAGUGUUGCCUUUGCAUUCCCUUUUAUGUGGAUUAGUAUCUUUAAACAGAUAUAAAUAUUGUGAUGGCCUUUUCAUAUGAAUUCAGCGUGUGAUGUACAACCAAGAAGCAAAUGCGAUGCUGAAUUUUAUGAAAUUUCCAUUAAGCCAUUACAAUGUUUUUUUCACUGGUAUUUUGAUUUUUCAGCUUGAAUCUCUUUGUGGAACUCUUUAAAAACUUUUUUAGGAAAUAGAGAACUGGCUAUCAUAUCGUGGUAUUUUAAGAGCAGCUCAGAGGAAUCAUGAAACUUAUGAAAUGGAAAGUUGCAGACCAUUGUCCCUGAUGUAACCUUAACACAGCAGUGUGAGCAAAGGUUAACAUGAAGCAAAUACAAUGUCCAGAGUUCUGCAGAUGCAGGUUGUGGCUGCCCUUCUCUUUUUAAAAUGAGGUUACACUUAAAAUGAAGU